GGCUCGCGGCCGCCAGAGCCCCGGGGAGCCUCGGAUCUGCUUCGCGCCCGGGGAGCGGACACCGGCGGCGGCCCCGCGCGGGCCCCCGGGGAGGCGCUGAAGGUCGCCAGGAAGUGAGCGCCCGCGCGCCCGCCCGCGUCACCUGACCCCGGGGCGCACCUCGGCGGGGCGGGGCGGGGCGCGGGCGGCGGGGCCGGGGCGCACCUGGGCGGGGCGCGGGCGGCGCGGAGAGGAGCGCGCUGGGCCGGGCAGCGGGGGCGCGCGGCGGGCGGGCGGGCGAGGGCGCGGCCGAGCGCCCGGGCGGCCUCGCCAUGUCCCAGCCGGCCGGGAGGAUGCACUGCCGGAAGGCGGGGAUCCGCGCCGCCGUGGUGCUCAUCGGACUCCUGCACAAAUCCCGAAGGCAGAAUAAGGAGAAAAGGAAGCAGGAGCUGGCCAACAGCUCAGACGUAACCCUUCCAGACCGGCCGCUGUCCCCUCCUCUCACUGCGCCCCCCACCAUGAAGUCAGCGGAGUUCUUCGAGAUGCUGGAGAAAAUGCAGGGGAUCAAGCUUGAAGAACAGAGGCCAGGACCCCAGAAGAACAAGGAUGACUAUAUCCCGUACCCCAGCAUUGAUGAGGUUGUGGAGAAGGGAGGUCCCUACCCGCUAAUCAUCCUGCCCCAGUUUGGGGGCUACUGGAUCGAGGACCCGGAGAACGUUGGCACUCCGACAUCACUGGGCAGCAGUAUCUGUGAGGAGGAGGAGGAGGAGAGCCUCAGCCCAAACACGUUUGGCUAUAAGCUCGAAUGCAAGGGCGAAGCCAGGGCCUACCGCAGGCACUUCCUAGGGAAGGAUCAUCUAAACUUUUACUGUACUGGCAGCAGUUUGGGGAACUUGAUCCUGUCCGUCAAGUGUGAGGAAGCUGAGGGGAUGGAGUACCUUCGGAUCAUUCUCAGGUCCAAGCUGAAGACAGUGCAUGAGCGGAUCCCUCUGGCUGGACUGAGCAAGUUACCCAGUGUCCCUCAGAUUGCAAAGGCUUUCUGUGACGAUGCAGUGGGGCUGAAAUUCAACCCUGUCCUGUACCCCAAGGCCUCUCAAAUGAUUGUGUCCUACGACGAGCAUGAUGUGAACAACACAUUUAAGUUUGGGGUCAUUUAUCAAAAAGCAAGGCAGACCCUGGAGGAGGAGCUGUUUGGAAACAAUGAGGAGAGCCCAGCUUUCAAGGAGUUCUUGGACCUGCUGGGGGACACCAUCACACUGCAGGACUUUAAAGGUUUCCGAGGAGGCCUGGAUGUGACCCAUGGACAGACAGGGAUGGAGUCAGUGUACACGACCUUCCGGGAACGGGAGAUCAUGUUUCAUGUGUCCACAAAGCUGCCAUUCACUGAGGGAGAUGCCCAACAGCUCCAGAGGAAGAGGCAUAUUGGGAAUGACAUUGUGGCCAUCAUCUUCCAAGAAGAAAACACGCCAUUUGUCCCUGAUAUGAUUGCCUCCAACUUCCUACAUGCCUACAUUGUUGUGCAGGCUGAGAGCCUAGGCACAGAGAGCCCAUCCUACAAGGUCUCCGUCACUGCUCGGGAAGACGUACCUGCUUUCGGCCCUCCGCUGCCCAGCCCCCCUGUUUUCCAGAAGGGCCCGGAGUUCCGGGAGUUUCUACUUACCAAACUCACCAAUGCAGAGAAUGCCUGCUGCAAGUCGGACAAGUUUGCUAAGCUGGAGGACCGGACCAGAGCUGCGCUCCUGGACAACCUCCACGAUGAGCUCCAUGCACACACACAGGCCAUGCUGGGACUGGGCCCAGAGGAGGACAAGUUUGAGAAUGGGGGCCACGGGGGAUUCCUGGAGUCUUUUAAGAGGGCCAUCCGUGUGCGCAGCCACUCCAUGGAAACAAUGGUGGGCAGCCAGAGGAAGGGGCAUGGUGGGAGCAUCCCUGGCAGCCUCAGCGGAGGCAUCGUCCACAACAACAUGGAGCUCACCAAGGCUACCUUCUCGCCUCCUGUGGCAGCGGCCACUGUGAAGAACCAGUCUCGGAGCCCCAUCAAGCGGCGAUCGGGGCUCUUCCCUCGCCUACACACGGGCUCUGAAGGCCCCGGGGACAGCCGGACGCGAUGUGACAGUGCCUCCAGUACCCCCAAGACCCCAGAUGGCGGACAUUCUUCUCAGGAGAUAAAGUCUGAGACCUCAUCGAAUCCCAGCUCUCCAGAAAUCUGCCCCAACAAAGAGAAGCCCUUCAUGAAGUUGAAAGAGAAUGGCCGUGCCAACAUCUCCCGCUCCUCCUCCAGCACCAGCAGCUUCAGCAGCACCGCCGGGGAGGGGGAGGCCAUGGAAGAGUGUGACAGUGGGAGCAGCCAGCCGUCCACAACCUCACCCUUCAAGCAGGAGGUAUUUGUCUACAGCCCGUCCCCGAGCAGCGAGAGCCCCAGCGUGGGGGCCGCCGCCACCCCUAUCAUCAUGAGCCGGAGUCCCACAGAUGCCAAAAGCAGAAACUCCCCGAGGUCAAACCUGAAAUUUCGCUUUGAUAAGCUCAGUCACGCUGGCUCCAGUGCGGGUCACUAAUGUGAAAGAGGAUUCCUUCUCCUGUGCGAGGAAAGCCUCGAUUCUGUCCUACAGAAGGCUCCCUAUUCCAGCCAUUUGGGGGCGCUGUCCACUACUCUGUCUCCAGGCCCGCGGGCCCAUCAGCUACCUGCCCAGCAGACCAACUAUCUGCCCCACAUCCCACCCUACCGGCUCCUCCAACCCCCACGUGUGGCUCCCCAUCCCUGGCUCUGGACAAGACCUCUUUCCUGGAGGGCCCCCUGCUCCUGACUUCUGAUGCGAUGUCUGUGUGGGUCAUUUGUCAUCUCAUUGUGUCUGCAGGAAAUGGAGAGUUGAAGGGGAGGAGUGUGGGGGUGGUGUAUGGGUCCUGGGGGCUUAGGGACAGCGGUAGAGGAGAGGGUAGAGGUGACUGCAGAUUGUAAGGGGGACCCCUGGCCACAGAGAAGUGCCUUCCCAGAGUUCUGUCACCACCCAUGCAUUUAAUGGCAGAGGAGCGGCUGCUUUCCCUGGAGCUGAGAUUUUCCCAGCAUCCUUGCAGCUCUGGAGCAGGUGGAAGCUCAGAGCCAGAUCUGAGCGUUGCUGGGACCAGAUGGCACUGGGCCUAACUCCUCAAAGGCUCCUGAUUGUCCUUGCUCAGGGAGAGGCCCUGGUCCACCUCUCUCCUUGAAGCAGAUGAUUUUCCUGUGAAGGGUGGGAGUCUGGGAGGACCCAGGAACGAGGGAAAGCAAAUGAGCCUGUGCUGGAAGCACAUCGUGGGUCAGGGCUCACCAACAUCCUGGGAGUUCAAGGAAGACAUCGUUGUUCAACCCACUGCACAGAGAGAGCGAGAGGCGUGGUGGGGGAGGACUCGGCAGGUUCCGGUCAGCCCAGUGUAUGAGAGUCAGACUUAGGUGAGGAGAAGGACACAAUGUCCCCAGCAGUCUUUUUUCUUUUGUUUUGAUAGUACUACAGUUUGAACUCAGGGCCUCAUGCUUGCUAGGCUGGUGCUCUUCCACUUGAGCCAUGCCUCUAGCCCUGGUUUUUGCUGGCUAUUUUUGAGAUAGACUCUAGCUUCCUAAAGCAAGCAUUGUCCUCUCCCCGCCCCCCCAAGCUGUCAUCUUGCCCACUUUAGUCUUCUUGUCGUUGCUGGUCACAGAUUACAGCCAGUUGCCCUCUGUGGAGAUGGAGUUUCAUGGACUUUGGCUUGGAUCUGUGGUCCUCUCAAUCCCAGCCUCCCAUGUAGCCUGGGAUGACAGGCAUGUGUCACUGUGCCUGGCUAUGGGUUCAUGAACUUUUCUGCCCAGGCUAGCCUGGUACAACCAUCUUUUGUUUCUCAGACUCCCAUGUGGCUCAGAUGACAGGUGUGAGCCACCAGCCCCCUCUCCCUCCGCAGUUUUGUGUGUCUGGCCUCCAUAGGGGGUCCAAUGCAGCCUUGGGGGAGGGAGCCACUCCUGGCUACUAUAACCUUUGGCCAUGUCUGGGGGUUUGAACCCUAAACCUCCUCCUAAGUCCAUUUCCAGCUGUAGGCUGCCCUCACGCAGUUGUCACUUCCAUAGGACUCCUGCAAGCCAGGUCCUGUGGGGGCACCAUGCCAGAGCCACCUUCUAGACCAGCUUGUGUAAGGAGAACCCUUUGGCUUCU